AUGGCCACUCUUGACUCCGUGAAGCACGCCCUUAGGCAUAUCGCCGAUACAUCACGGCCAGCGGUUCAUCAGAUAUUGUCCGACGCACUGUACAGCUCUGCGUUCGAUCUCCUAUUACAGGGCCCGGGAUGGACAUCUUACCGAGACUUCAUUAUUCCACAACUGUCUAAGCUGCUGGACCCCGUAUUCGACUCGCACGAUCAUGUUUCUGUACUGGAAAUUGGACCCGGCCCACAAAGUAUUCUAGGGCAUCUCUCGGACCGGGCAAGAAGGAAGAUCACAAAAUAUGCUGCGUAUGAGCCAAAUGAGGUUUUUAAUAGCAAGAUGCGAGAAUGGCUGUGCCCCAGCUCCCAAGCGGAGCACCCGUUGCCUUGUUUAGAGAAACCCCCUGAUAUUCAUCAGGCCCCAUUCAUGCCAGCCCAAUACGCAGGGUUCGGGGCACACAGCCACAAUGAACAAUUUGAUAUCAUAUUGUUUUGCCAUAGCUUGUACGGAAUUAAGCACAAAGCCGAUAUCGUCAAGCUAGCGGUGAACAUGCUUCGCGAGAAGCCGGAAGGCGCAAUGGUGGUGGUCUUCCAUCGAGAUGCGGGCCUGCGGGAGCUGGGCAGCUUGGUCUGUCACCGCACCGCUUCGCUGCCUACAGGGAUAAUUCGCAUACCGAACACUGACGAAGCCUUGGACCAAUUUAGUUCUUUCAUAGCUGGGUUCGCUGUACAAGAUGGCACAAUCCGAGACAAAUGGCGCGCCAAGUGCCGUUCCCUUGGCCACUCUGACGACGCCCACCCGGGCCAGCUCGAGUUUAGGUCUCCGGAAAUUAUGGUCACAUUUACUAGACACGCGGCAUCGCUCCAGGAACUCACUGCGCAACUCCCGUUGGUGGAAAGGCAACGAACCAUCAAAAACAGAGACGCCCGACUGCAUCAACGAGCGGCUAUCAUUAGGCCAACAGAAGUAGGACACAUUCAGGCGUGCGUACAGUGGGCUCUAAAGCACGGUGCCAGUUUGACUGUCAUUGGUGGAGGUCACAGCGGUCACUGUCUAUGGCCCAGUGUUGUCGGGGUUGACAUGAGUGCUUUCAAUCAAGUACAUACUGCAACAGCAACUGAGGAUCAAACUGACGGGUCCACCCCCUGCUCGAUAAUCGUCGCUGGAGCCGGUUGUACUUCCAUCGACAUAAUCCGUGCUGCCAAAGCAACUGGUAUAACGGUACCAUUGGGGACCCGGCCCAGUGUGGGUGCGGGACUGUGGCUACAGGGCGGCAUUGGACACCUGGCUAGAAUGUAUGGACUCGCAUGCGAUUCCAUUGUCGGUGCUGUACUGGUCUGUGUCCACACUAGCCAGGUGCUAUGCAUCGGCCAUGUACCAAAUGAACACCGACCAGCUGAUGCCGUCCGUCCAGAAAAGGAAGCCGAUCUACUCUGGGCAAUUAGAGGCGCCGGGACCAACAUCGGCAUCGUAGUCAGUGUUACCUUCAAGACCUACACAGCCCCAACCUAUUCUGUCCAAACUUGGAUCGUCCCGCUCAACAACAGCCUUGCCGCGCGCUGCAAGCUUCGUGAUUUUGAUCAAGGCAUCGCAGGGAAGCUCCCUCGCAGUUCCUCUGCCGACGCGUAUCUCUACACCGAGGCUGGCAAGCUUCAUCUUGGCGUGGCCAUGUUCGAAGCUCUUUCAACUGACCCUGAGAUGAUAUCCGAGAGAACGCUCACAACUGGACGACAUAUUCUAGGCCGAGAGACGAGUUCAAAGGUUGUCGAUUGUAUCGGUCUAUUCGAGGUUGACAUGUACAUAUCCGGCAUGCAUGGUGGACACGGCGGCGGGAAGACUUCCUCAUUCAAGCGGUGUUUAUUUUUGAAAGAUAUCGGGCAACCGAGUAUGGUUGACGCCCUUACAGCAGCUGUAACGACGGCCCCUUCGCCUUUUUGCUAUCUCCAUCUGCUCCACGGCGGAGGCGCGGUAGGUGAAGUGCCUCCCGAUGCCACUGCGUUCGGGUGCCGAGACUGGGAUUUUGCAUGCGUGAUAACCGGUGUUUGGCCGCGCGAUCUAGAUCAAACCCAUUUUGCCCGCGGGGUAGUAGACUGGGUUUACCAUGUUGCCAAUUCCUUGCUACCGUUAAGCUGCGGAGUCUACGGCGCAGACCUCGGGCCAGACCCCAGAGAUACACCAUUGGCAGCUCGAGCGUUCGGCCCUAACUUGUCGCGCCUAGCAAAUCUGAAGCAGCGGGUCGACCCUCAAAACGUACUCGCCUACGCCUGUCCACUGCCAAAGAAUACCCUACUCAGUAAUCCUAAGCUCAUAGUUGUGGUCACUGGCGUGGCCGGGGCUGGCAAGGACUAUUGUGCUGAGAUCUGGGCCUCACUGCUCGGUACGGAAAUGGGUCGCACUGCGCGCACAGCCAGUAUCAGCUACGUAGCCAAACAAGAAUACGCUGCAGCCAGUGGCGCAGAUUUUACUCGCCUGCUUCAUGACCGCGUGUAUAAAGAGCAACACCGACAGGCUUUGACGGCUUUCUUCCAGGCGCAGGUGUGGAAUGAGCCUUGGUUACCAGCGGAGCGUUUUAUGAGGACGGUCGACGAGUCCCGAGACGUGGAUGUGCUGUUGAUUACCGGAAUGAGAGACAAUGCACCAGUCCCAUCCUUUGCACAUUUAGUACCGACAAGGAGAUUACUCGAGGUCCAGAUCGCCUCCGGCGACGAGACGCGACGGACUCGUCGGGGUUUCUUCGAUCAUGGGCUUGCCAACAAUCCCUUGGGCUGCUCCCCCAAUUUUACCUUCAAUAAUGAGAAGCCCGGAGAGGAAGCCGCAAAGGCUUUUGCUAGACGACAUCUUGUUCCUUUCCUCCACGAGGAUCUGCAGCGCCUUGCUGACAUGGUGCGGCUGGUCCCCGAAUUCCCUCGCCCAGGAAUCGAGUUCCGCCACGUGCUUAACAUCGCCCAACACCCUGGCGGUCUUGCCCUUUGCACCUCGUUACUGCGGUCACACUUCGCUGGGGACUGGGCAAAAGUCAACGUCGUAGCGUGCUGUGAAGCAGGUGGAUUUGUCUACGCAUCCCCUUUGGCUUCCCAGGUUGACAAGCCCCUGGCUCUGAUUCGCGAGGCUGGGAAGCUCCCUCCACCGACUGUCUCGGUCCAGAGGUCUACCUCGCACAUUGGAGCUUCGGGGCCUACAAAUCCAACGGAUACCAGAAUCGAGCUAAGCCGAGAUGCAAUUCCCAGAGGCGCGUCGGUGGUCGUAGUAGACGAUGUGCUCGCUACAGGAAACACUCUCUGUGCAGUACUCCACCUACUACGAGAAGCCAGCGUACGCAUUGAGGAUAUGAGUGUGAUGGUGGUUGCGGAAUUCCCGGUUCAUCGUGGUCGCGAACUGCUGCGUCUGCGUGGCUUUGGCAGGGUCAAUGUACAGAGUCUAUUGGUUUACGAUGGCGUUUAG